CCGGCGCAGGCAGCCGCCGCGGCAGCAGGCGAGCGGCGGCCCGGCGAGGCCAUGAAGGUGAAGAAGGGCGGCGGCGGGGCUGGGACGGGGGCGGAGCCCGCUCCAGGGGCCUCUGGCCCGAGCGUGGAGCCCAAGCCCGAGCCGCAGCUGCAGGCGGAAUCCGAGUCCGGGUCCGAGUCGGAGCCGGAGGCUGGCCUGGGGCCCAGGCCGGGGCCGCUGCAGAGGAAGCAGCCGAUCGGGCCAGAGGACGUGCUGGGGCUGCAGCGGAUCACGGGCGACUACCUGUGCUCCCCCGAGGAGAAUAUCUACAAGAUCGACUUCAUCAGGUUCAAGAUUCGAGACAUGGACUCAGGCACUGUCCUCUUUGAAAUCAAGAAGCCCCCAGCCUCAGAGCGGUUGCCCAUCAACCGGCGGGACCUGGACCCCAAUGCUGGGCGCUUUGUCCGCUACCAGUUCACACCUGCCUUCCUCCGCCUGAGGCAGGUGGGAGCCACGGUGGAGUUCACAGUGGGAGACAAGCCUGUCAACAACUUCCGCAUGAUUGAGAGGCACUACUUUCGCAACCAGCUCCUCAAAAGUUUUGACUUCCACUUUGGCUUCUGCAUCCCCAGCAGCAAGAACACCUGCGAGCACAUCUACGACUUCCCCCCUCUCUCUGAGGAGCUGAUCAACGAGAUGAUCCGUCACCCAUAUGAAACACAGUCCGACAGCUUCUACUUCGUGGAUGACCGGCUGGUGAUGCACAACAAAGCAGACUAUUCCUACAGUGGAACGCCCUGACCCACAAAACAAGCCCCCCACCCCAGGAGGGUCCUGGGCCCUCAGCUGUGACCUCCCCAACACUCACCUCUCAACCCGAGGUCUUCUGCCUGGGAAGUGUUCCAGGAGCCCUGGCCCCUGAGUCGGCGAUGGGAGGGAGGGUACCUGAUGUCCCCAGUCCAAGUCUCUGAAGCCCAUGGGGCCUGGCAUGUGGGGUGGGGGGGUAGGAGGGCUGUCUUCCUCCAUGUCCAGGAAGGCCUCCUGGGAGGGGAGUAGCCAGGACUUCCAGACAGCCUAGCUGGGCCUCUUGGGCCCACGUUUAAGAAUAGUGUUCCCCUAUCCAGGCUUUGGCGAGGUCAGGGCAGGGACCCAUUCCCUGUUCCCUACCCACCACCAACAGGCCAUUUAGAGUCGUAAAUUCACAGAUGAAUAUCCGUUGGGGUCGGGGGUGGUCUGGCUGCCAAGAUUCCCAAGGGAGUCCAGGCCCCAGCCGCAGCCCCAGCCCCAGCCCUUACCGUCCGGGCUGAGCUGCUGCCUGAGGUGUGGGAGGGCCUGGCCCAGAUUGCAGCCUGUGGUAGGGACUGGACCAGCUGUAUAUAGUUUUCAAUAAACUCUCCUUUUCUGUUC